AUGGUGAACGCCGUGAAAGUCUUCAAGAAAACCGCCCCCAAUGGUAAGAUCACCGUCUACCUAGGUCGCCGCGACUUCGUGGACAACACCACCUCGACCGAACCUGUUGAUGGAGUCAUAGUCUGCGACAAUGACUACCUCCGAGGCCGCAAGGUCUUCGCCUCCGUUACGGUCACGUACCGUUUCGGUCGCGAGGAGGAUGAGGUCAUGGGCCUUAACUUCAGUAAGGUGAUGCAGCUCGGCACCCAGCAGGUGUACCCGAGCGCUGACUCCCGCGAGCCCACGGCCGUCCAGGAGCGCCUCGUGAAGAAGCUCGGGGCCAACGCCUACCCCUUCGCCGUGACGCUCCCCGACACCGCCCCCUGCUCCGUCCAGCUCCACUCGGGCGACGAUGAGACGAGCAAACCACUCGGCGUCAUCUACGAACUCUCCGUCUUCGUGGGCGACAACUCCAGCGAGAGGCCCCACAAGCGCAACUCCGUCACCCUCGCCGUCAGGAAGGUGCAGUACUCCCCCAUCUCGAGUACCUCGCGCCAGCCCAGCACCCUCGUGUCCAAGGGCUUCGCUCUGUCCUCCGGAAAGGUCAACAUGGAGGUGACGCUCGACAAGGACCUCUACUACCACGGAGAUCAAGUGACCGCCACCCUCAACAUCAACAACAGCAGCAAGAAGACAGUGAAGAGCAUUAAGUGCUCCAUCAUCCAGCACGUCGAGGUCACCAUGACCAACAGCCACUUUACUCGCGAGGUGGCUUCCCUGGAAUCGAAGGAGGGCUGCCCCAUCACGCCAGGGACGAGUCUCCAGAAGACCUUUAACCUCACGCCUCUCGCCUCGUCCAACAGGAGCAAAGUCGGCAUUGCUCUCGACGGCAAGCUAAAGGAUUCCGACGCCAACCUCGCCUCUUCCACCGUCGUCGCCACAGGGAAGAACGUCAAUGAUUCCUGUGGUAUUAUUGUGUCUUAUUCCAUGCGUGUGAAAGCUAACUGCGGCGCCAUUGGGGGUGACCUGACCGCUGACCUGUGCUUCAAGCUGAUGCACCCUGCCCCCGUAAGCAAGGCACGUCCCGACAGCGGCUACACCGGCGGCGAGGACCUGGAGUUCGAAGACUUCGCUCGCCUCCGCCGCGGCAUGUCCGUCGACCAGCCCUAGAUGGCGCUGAUGAGGGAUCAACUGCUUGUUUUGAUGGUUUAAUUUUUGUGUUUUGUUUUGGGGUUUGUCUGAUCGAGGGGCGUUUUUUUUUUUU